AGUUGCUGCUACGCUUCGGGUGGGCAAAGUAGGGUUUCGAAGGCUCGCAUGCAUCUCGUGGAGUGGUGUUUUAAAAUAGUUGCUAAAGAGGCUUCUUCGCUUCCUUCGACGACGUCGGAUUGGAAGUAACGACGCGAGCUCGCUUGCUGCGAAUGUCUCUUGGAAUUCCAAACCGGCUUUUUAGAAUUCCAAGAAAUGUCUUUUCCCAUGCGGUGGCUCCUUGGCUUCCUCUCUCCGCAAGUGCCACUCCACCUGUAUCUUUCUUCCAAGUGCAGCAACUUUAGGGUGUCCUAGUUUUAUGAGUCAAGAAGAAACUUAUGGCAAGAAUCAAGCCUCAAGCAUUACUUAUUCAGAGCAAAAAGAAAAAGGCUCCAACUCGAGUCAGUCUCACAACGAUCAUUACAUGCAAUCUUUUAGUCAUCUUGGUUGUAUUAUCCUUGUAUGCAACCUACAAUCACUGGUAUAAAAGGUCAAUCAACAAACUUGAUACUGAAUUAAUAAAUUCUGAGCAUUCCAAUGAUACUGGGGAGCGGAAGAAAUUUGAUCUACCUGGCUAUGCUGUCAUGGAAACAUCCAAAGGUUCAAUCACUGUUGAACUUCAUAAGGAUUCCUCCCCUGAGGUUGUGGACAAAUUCCUUGAUUUAUGUCAAAAAGGAUACUUCAAAGGAAUGCGUUUUCAUCGUGUGAUAAAGCACUUUGUCAUUCAAGGUGGAGACCCUCACAACCUUGGAGCUGCUGAAGAAUGGACUCUCCAUAGAAAAUCCGAUGGUCAGCUUGAGACAAGGUUUGAUGCAUUCCCAAAGCACGAGGCUUUCAUGCUUGGAACUUCAAAAGCAAAAGCAAAUGCCAAAGGAUUUGAGAUCUUUAUUACUACUGCACCAAUUCCUAACCUAAAUGAUAAGCUUAAUGUGUUUGGGCGGGUCAUCAAAGGGGAAGAUGUUGUACAGGAAAUUGAGGAAGUCGAUACAGAUGAGCAGUAUCAGCCAAAGUCCAUCAUAGAAAUCAUUAACAUAACACUGAAGCAAGAGCCCUGAGUAACCUGCAUAAUGAGUUGCGAAUCACUUGUGGAUGGCUUUGUCUUGAUCUUACCGGCUUAUCCCAGGUUCUGUUGAACUUGAUAUGAUAGCCUUAUAUUUUUUCUGGAAAAGUACCGUUUCUUGAAUUGACCACAAAAUUCUAAAUUUCUCAGGUCUGUAACAUUUGUGCUGUUACAUUGUAUAGCAUUACAUACCACUUGACUGAACGUUUUGUGGUUGCCAUUAAUUUGCAUUGGAAUUGUGAUUUUUGUAAUCUUCCUCACUUUGCAUGAAGUUCGUAUUAUGUAUUGAUUGUUUUGUAAGAAAUGAUAAGCUUAGAAUUUCGCUGUAUUUCGUGAUGUUGUGAAAGGACUGGAUAUUCUUAGUAAAGCUAGACAUACUAAAGCUCAUUACAA